CUCAGAUUCCUCCCCGUCCCUCUCUAUCCCCACCCCCGUUCGGGUUCCCCUCCCCCUCCAACACCACCUGACCAACCCAACCCUAGCAGCGCUCCCUCCCUCCAGAUCCCCCGGCCCCGACCCCAUGGCGGCCCUCGCCCCGAGCUCCAGCCUCCUCUAGCUCCCGGAUCGCCCGCGCACGCAGAAAAGGCCAGCCAGCCAUGGAGCCCGCCGCCGAGGACACCGCCGCCGCAGCGCCGGACUCGUGGGAGACGGCCGACAUCGACGGGCCCAUGAGCCGGCUCAUCCUCUCCGCGCGCCGCGUGUCCUCCUCGCCCGACCUGGCCGAGGAGCAGCAGCAGCAGGACCUGCCGGCCCCGACGCAGCCGCAGCAGGGCCCUGCUCCCCCUCCGCGCGACGAUUCGGCCGCGCAGGUCGAUCAGUUCCUCCGGGAGGCCCUCGAGAAGCCGCGGGAGAGGCUCUCUGUGCUAAGAAUGGAGCAAGAUAUUUUGAAGUUCAUCCGUGACCCUAGACAGACACAGUUUGAAUUCCCGGCUCUCCCAACUUCUUAUCUGCGUCUUGCUGCACACCGCCUGGCACAACAUUACUUCCUCCAGUCCAUCGCCAUACCAGACAACAGUUUGCCUGAUGGAACUGGUUCUCGUAUUAUCCUCCGUAAGAUGUCGUCCGAGUGCCGACUACCUGCUGUGCGCCUUGCAGAUAUCCCAGUUAAUCUGCCACAAGAAGAGAGCAGCACUGUGGCCAAAGUAGCCAUCAAGCAGAGGCCUCAAAAGAAUUUCCAUAGCAUUAACAGCUCAAGUGCUCACUCUUCAAGAGACAACCUCCAGAAAAGUGUUGAAGAAAGGAAAGAGGAAUACAACAGGGCACGUGCACGGAUAUUUAACAACAGCAGUAGCAGUAAUGCUGCUGAUGGGAGACCAGCUGAGGAAGCAACUUUGCCCAAUACUCUGCAUAGGUCCACCUCCUUGGAGUUGAACUCAAGCAAUAGAAUGGGCCAAGGGGCUGAAAUUACUCUUGAAAGGAGUUUGACUACCACUUCGGCCAGCAGGUCAAACAGAAGCAAGAUCGAGAAGGAGCCUGCAGUCAAUAGAAACAGGCAAAACAACAGGGUUGCAAUUUUCAGAGACCGUGAGUCAGAGCGCAAAGAUCCUGAUUAUGACAGAAGUUAUGACAGGUACAUGCAAAGAUUUGACCCUGGAUUUGGAUUUAAUGGAGGCCCAUACACCAUUCAGCCCCUGUAUGCCCCUGCUGUUAACUACAACACUGAAUUCCCCCAACUUGGCUCAGCACACAGAUCUCCUGUUGCUGUUGAACAGCAGCCUCGUCCAAUAGCUCAGCACAUGCUGGGGUCUUGGUCAGCAGGACAAGCACCUAAUGCAAUCGGCUAUGGGCCUCCAGAUGGUGUCAUGACACCUUACAGUCCUGGUCAUGCAGGUGCUCCUGUGAGAUCAUCUGUUUUCAUGCAUGCUUCGCAGCAAUAUCCCAUGCCUUCACGCCCUGGAGUGCCAUUUGUACAUCCACCUGAAUCCAUGGGACAGUUUGGACAGACUCACCAACAACAACCAGAAGCUAAUUUGCGCUUUGCCCGGCCCCGACCGGGUAGCGGAGAACGGAUCCGACGGCUGGCAACGCCGCAACAGGCAGACGAGCAUGCAUCGUCGUCCGUUGAAAUAUCCAGGUUUCGGCCAUCUCCUCUAUCCUCUUCCUCACGCCCUCUCUUCUCGCGCCGGCGCCGCACUUGCCGUCUCUCCUCGUCUGAUCUGCCCACCAGGUGGAUCGGUGAUCGACGGACAGCAGCCAUGAGUAAGUUGCAAACGGAGGUCCUCAAGGAUGCCAUCUCCCAGGUCGUCUCAGAGGCCAGGGAGAAGAACAGGAAGUUCACAGAGACCGUCGAGCUCCAGAUCGGCCUCAAGAACUACGACCCGCAAAAGGACAAGCGUUUCAGUGGCUCCGUGAAGCUGCCCCACAUCCCUCGCCCCAAGAUGAAGGUCUGCAUGCUUGGCGAUGCGCAGCACGUGGAGGAGGCUGAGAAGAUCGGUCUUGAUUACAUGGAUGUUGAAGCUCUUAAAAAGAUGAACAAGAACAAGAAGCUUGUCAAGAAGCUUGCCAAGAAGUACCAUGCUUUCUUAGCCUCCGAGGCUAUUAUCAAGCAGAUUCCUCGUCUCCUUGGUCCUGGUCUCAACAAGGCAGGCAAGUUCCCAACUUUGGUUACUCACCAGGAGUCUCUGGAAUCAAAAGUGAAUGAGACGAAAGCUACAGUCAAGUUCCAGCUGAAGAAGGUUCUUUGCAUGGGUGUGGCUGUGGGCAACCUGUCGAUGGAGGAGAAGCAGAUCCAGCAAAACAUCCAGAUGAGCGUCAACUUCCUGGUUUCGUUGCUGAAGAAGAAUUGGCAGAACGUGAGGUGCCUGUACAUCAAGAGCACCAUGGGGAAGCCAAACAGAGUGUUCUAAGUCGCUGUGUCCAUUGCGUCUAAAACCAGUGCCGUAGACAGUAUUGAAGUUUGUUAUGGAAUAUAUGUUUAUGCAGUACUCUGUCGUACUGUUAUGCAAAUUUUGUGUCUGAAGUGAACAAGAGUGGUUUUGUGAUGCACUAAUGUUUUUCACCUUGCACUUGAGCUGA